GCCUGACUGUAAGGCGAAGUCGGCUGUGGGGCGAGCGUCUGAGCUGAGCACUUGAACAGGACUCCUUUGCCAUCAGCAUGGAAGACACUUACAUCGACUCCCUGGACCCUGAAAAGUUAUUACAGUGCCCGUAUGAUAAAAAUCACCAGAUCAGGGCCUGCAGAUUUCCUUAUCAUCUUAUCAAGUGCAGAAAGAAUCAUCCUGAUGUCGCAAACAAAUUGGCUACUUGUCCCUUCAAUGCUCGGCACCAGGUUCCCCGGGCUGAAAUCAGUCAUCACAUCUCCAGCUGUGAUGACAAGAGCUGUAUUGAGCAGGAUGUGGUCAACCAAACCAGGAACCUUGGACAGGAGACUCUGGCUGCGAGCACAUGGCAGUGCCCCCCGUGUGAUGAGGACUGGGAUAAAGAUCUGUGGGAACAGACCAGCACUCCAUUUGUCUGGGGCACAGCCAACUUCUGUAGCAACAACAGUCCUGCAAACAAUAUAGUUAUGGAACAUAAGAGUAACCUGGCCUCAGGCAUGCGAGUUCCCAAGUCUCUGCCCUAUGUUCUGCCAUGGAAAAAUAGUAAGUGA